GGAUUGGUAUCCUUCCCUCUGAAGAGCUGGAAGGUCGAGAGGAGGCAAAAAGCAGAGGCCACCACAAAACAGAGUCUUGGUGCUGUUCCACGGAGAUGCUGCUGCUAAGCCAAGCUCCGACCGGGGCUCUCUCGUCCAAAAGCUGCUGUUCCACUUCCUCUGCCUCCUCCUCCUCAUCCAUCGCCUUCACCACCCCACGCCCUCCUCUCUUCUCCAACCGCAAGCCUAAUUUUUUCUCCCGGACUCACCCCUCGAAGCCCUCCAGGCUCGCCCUCGUUAGAGCCGACGACGGCCUCGACGCAGUCCCCCCGGCCACGAAGCAGCCUACGCUAGCUCCCCCUCCUCCGUUUGACGGCGGCGACACCGUCUUCGUGGGUCAGGAGAGGGUUCCUCUCGAGGGCGUCAUCCAAUUCGAGAAGCCGAGUUCCGCCUCCCGUUUGAAGAAAUGGGGACGGGUCGCUCUGCUUGUUGGUGGGGAUGUCGCGGCUUUGCUUCUGUUCACGGCAAUUGGUAGAUUCAGUCAUGGAUUCCCGGUUUUCGACCUUGAGACUCUGCGAACCGCUGACCCUUUUGUUGCUGGCUGGUUUUUGGGUGCUUACUUCCUCGGGGGCUAUGCUGGUGAUGGUCGUGGCGAGAAUGGUUUGUCUAAGGCAGUCCUCUCUACUACUAAAUCAUGGACUCUGGGAAUUCCGCUUGGAAUAGCCAUAAGGGCUGUGUUAUCAGGCCAUGUUCCUCCUUACAGUUUUAUCUUGGUUACAAUGGGAAGCACUGCUGUUCUGCUUAUUGGCUGGAGGAUGCUGUUAUUUAGUGUUCUCCCAAAUGAUACGAGCAAGAAGAGCGAUGUCUAUAAACGUGGAAGCCCAUUUGAACUGUUUGAGCUGCUCACAUCAUUAGUGCGAAGGUGGUGAUGGUUAUGGGUUAUGUCCUUUGUGCACGUUCCAGCUUCUGUUUCUAUGCCUAUUUGUUAAUGUACAUCUUUAAGCACCACGAAGAGGAUAGAGUCGCUGCUUUGUUAGGACGACCCAAUUUUGAAGAUUGAUCUGUGCUUCACUUGCAUGUGCCAAAAGCAAGCUUCCGAAGCUUGUUUGAGCUCCAUUUAAGGGCUGAAUGGAAUCUCUGAGAAAGUAGUGUUAAGGAACAAUUGUUUCAUA